AUGGCCCAGGCUUCUGAAAUACACAGCUACCAGCACGAAGAUGCUUGGAACGUUGAUUGGCUUCGUGUCGACGACGCCCACGAGCUGUACUAUCAACAGUACGGCAAAAAGGAUGGAAAACCCGUAAUCUACCUCCACGGUGGGCCCGGCGGAAACUGCUCCAAAAGCAACACAGUCUUCUUCAACCCAUCUGAAUACCACGUGAUACUCCUCGACCAACGCGGCUGCGGGCAAUCGCGCCCCAACGCCAGCACAACCGCCAACACAACCUGGGAUCUCGUCUCAGACAUCGAAGCCCUCCGCAAACACCUCUCUAUCAGCAAAUGGCACAUGGUCUUCGGCGGCUCCUGGGGCUCCACCCUCGCCCUCGCCUACGCCCAAACGCACCCCGAAAGCGUCGGCAGCCUCGUCAUCCGCGGCAUCUUCACUGUCCGCGAUCUCGAGCUCAAAUGGACGAACCACCCGGGAGGCGCCAGCAUGCUUUUCCCCGACCGCUGGGACGACUUUAUCAAUUUCCUCCCUGAGGAAGAGCGCCAAGACCAUAUUGCUAACUACCACAAGCGUCUCAUGUCUUCUGACCCUGCAAUCUCGCAUCCCGCAGCCGCAGCCUGGAAUACUUGGGAGAUUUCCAUAAGCACCUUGUAUCCGGACCCCAAUGCGAUGAAGAAGCUCAAGGAGCCGGAGUAUUUGCUUGCGCAUGCAAGGAUUGAGAUUCAUUAUUUUACAAAUAAGGCGUGGUUGGAGGAUGGGCAGUUGUUAAAGAAGGAGAGUGUGGAUCGCGUUAGGCGUAUUCCGACGACAAUUGUGCAGGGGAGGUACGAUGUUGUUUGUCCCCCGAUUACGGCGUGGGAGUUGCACAAGGAGUGGCCUGAGAGUAGGCUGUUUUUUAUUGAUGAUGCAGGGCAUAGUGUUAUGGAGCCGGGGACGAGGAGGAAGUUGACGGAGGUUUGUGAUGAGUAUGCCAAGUUGGUGGUUUAG